GCGCGUGCGUGCGUGUGCGUGCGUGCGCGCGCGCUUGUACAUGCCUGCAGCGAGCUGCAGAAUCCUGGGAGGGUAUACUACUGAGACUCCGGCGCGGCGGCGGCAGCUGGUGUGACUCCGACAGUUUUCCACAGAAACGCCAUUGCCUUCCGACAGCGUCACCUAGCGGCGUGUGCGCCUGCGUGUCCAGGUGAAGUCAGAGCUGUGUGGGCGGAUUCUUUCACCCUUCUGCUCCAAGAUGGCUUUCAGAGAAUUCUGCCCCAGUGCACAAGUCAUCGGUGUACUGAACAAACUAAACUCACAGCUUCCUUGCUCAACAUCACAUUAUGAGAUUCACCCAUACCACUGAGCAUAACUGUGGACCAUUUAUUCUCAUCGCCAUAUAGUAUUCCAUUGUGCUGGCACGGCAACCAUACCCACCAUUUCUACGCUGAACUAGAGAACUUCGGGAAGGGAAAUGUGUAUUCGUCUUCUGUAAUGUUGGUAUGUGUAGUCUUAGGCCUGGUCAUCACCAUCUCCGGCGUCACCAUCAUCCUGGCCAAGAAGGCCUGGCGGCUCCAGCCCCGCCAGCCCCGCCAUCGCUACUGCCGCCGCCGCUACUACCGUGGAGACGCCGAGGCUGACCAAGACUCCCAGGAGCACUCCUUCUGCCGCCGUGGGAUACGCUGCGCCUGCAGCCUCAGGGGCUACCGGUUCAGCUCUCUGCACCGGCUGCACAUAGACGCUCCACCAAGCUACGAAGAGUGCAUGGGGCCAGGGGCCACCCAGCUGUACCCCCCAACGGAGGCGCCACCACCCUACUCGCUGAUAGACACCGACAGCGGCCACAGCUCCGGCGGACCCCAGCAGGCGCACAGUGACCUCUUCACCGUCUCCACGGAUGCCCUGCCCCCUUACGAGGCUGUGUGUGGGCCCUACCCUCCACCGAGCCUGCUGCCACUGCCAGGCUCAGAACCAGAGCCAAGCAGCCCCCAGGGCCCACCGAGCCCAAAAGGAAGCCUGGCUUCCAGCCCAGAGAUGAUUGUGUGAAUGCCAGCAGGCCACGUCCUGCCGGUCCCUAGGGGCUGAGAAAGACCUUUCGGGAACACAGGGAGCGCGUGCACGCACACAUACACACACACAGACACAAACUCAUGCACACACAGAGACACACACACACGCAAACUAAUGCACACAGACACAUAUGCACACAAACUCAC